GCCGGAUUGAUUCGCCGAAAGGGCGAGAGUCGAGGAUGGGUACGCGUGAACUGGCCGUGCUGAAGACGUUCAAGUCCAUCAAGGACAACUUCAGGAUCUCGUCGCGCGACGUGGACAUAGACAACCUGGCCUUCAAGCUGCACUACCGCGCCACUGCCGGGUUCCUGCUGUCCUGCACCGCGCUCGUCUCCACAUACACGUACUUCGGCGGCCACAUCGCCUGCGUCUCGGACAAGGGCGUGUCGGAGCAGGUCAUCAACAGCUUCUGCUUCUUCUCCAGCACGUUCACCGUGGUGAGGCACCUGAACUCCAGCUCCGUGGACCAGGGCCUGGCCCUGGGGCCCGGCGUGGGCCCGCUGGCCCCCGGGGACGAAGUGGUGCGCCACGCCUACUACCAGUGGGUGCCGUUCCUGCUGUUCGCGCAGGCGCUCUGCUUCUGCCUGCCGCACCUCGCGUGGAAGGCGCUCGAGGGAGGCUCCGUCAAGGGCUUCUCCGCGGGCCUGCGAGGACUCCAGCUCGCCGUCGGGGACCAGGAGCUGAGGCUGGGUCGCGGGGUCGUCGUGCCGACGAGGCAGCACCGCGAGGCCGCGGUGUCGACGGCGGCGAGGGCCUUCCUCGCGAGGCGGCCCCUUUUCGGAGGCUGGGCUCUCCGGCUGGCGGCCUGCGAGCUGAUGAACCUCGCCAACGUGGUCCUCCAGGUGGCCGCGAUCCACGCCUUCCUGGGCAACCGCUUCUGGGACCUGCGUCCCUGGGUGGGAGGAGGCAACCUCGACGCCGUCUUCCCCAAGCUCACCAAGUGCUCCUUCCACAAGUUCGGGCCAGGGGGGAGCGUGCAGACCCACGACGCGCUCUGCGUCAUGCAGCUCAACCUCGUCAACGAGAUCAUCUUCGCGGCGACGUGGUUCUGGAUGGUGUUCCUCGCGGCGGCGACGGUGGGCGCGGUGGCGUGGCGCGCCGGGACCUUCCUGCUGCACGGCCGCUCGCGUGGGCUCGCCGAGGCUCUGCUGACGGCCUCGUACCCGGGUCGCCCGCGCGACGGCUCGGCGAGGCAGGUGGCGGAUGGCUGCGACUACCCCUCCUGGCUGUUCCUGCGCUACCUCGGCAGGAACGUCGACGCGGCCACCUUCAGGGACCUGGUGCGCGCCGUGGCGGAACAACUCUCCCCCGGGUCCACGCACGACGACGACCACCACCCGUCCCGCCAGGAGACCUUCCCGCUCAACAACAACUCGCUCAAGAAACACGACGUCGUCCAGUUCUGAGCUCUUUCCCGAUCGAAACCGCGAGGUCUCGGUGGGUCCACAGGGAAAAAGAUUUUGUUCGAAUCAAACAAAUAAUUUGUUUAUGUAUGGCGAAACAAAUAUUUUUCUUGGUGGAACAAAAUAUUGUGUUUAGCUUAACCGAACUCGGUAAGCAACAAAAAUAAUUUGUUACACCUAACCGAAUAUACAUUUGAGUUGACAAAAUCAUUUUGUUGGGUCCAACAGAAUCUUUCCUACUACAAAAUAUUUGUUUGAAUUAACAAAAUAUAUUUAUUUCGCCAUAUAUAAACAAACAUUUUGUUGAGGCAAACAAACCUUUCUCUCAGUGCACACUGGCCUAACUUGAAUUACCAACUCCUCUACGGGGAUCUACAAAUGCAUCCCCAAAUGUUUUUUGUUAUUCCAAGUGGCUAAACUGUAGUUCUGAAAUACUGAACGGGACCCCUUGAUUAAAAAACAGAAGACCUACCCUGCUUUAUCUGUUUCCUGGUAUUCGAAUCCGCAUAACUUGAUUAUUCCACAGAAUCUGGCACUUCAACCGACGAAAUCAAAAUUGUAUUUUGCAUUCUAUAAUAACAUUUUAUUGUAAAAAAAAAGCUGCUGUGUGAAUAAAAACGCUUUGCUACA